AUGAAGGACGCCCGUGAGCUGUUCAGGUGGAAAGACGAUCAGAAGGCGCUGGCAAUACGGCUAUGGCUUUCGCUGGACGACGGCAAUACAGCUGCGCAGACAGACGCGCUACUCAACUCGCUGGCUUCGUUUAUUCUCACAGGCUACGGCACCGAUGAGUUUUCGAGUAGUUUGGUGCAGUAUCUGGCUAUGCUAGGCAUAGAUACACAGACAAACCGCUUGCGUACUGCAAAGAAUUUCUUGUACAUGCUUGCUGGCGUGGUCUACUGCGUGCGAGUACUAGCAGUAGAAAAGGUGUUGCCCGCAGUUGAGCGUGAGGAUCAGACUGAAGAGGACAUGGAGCAGUUUUUAGAUAUGCGAAAGAAGUAUCUGGCAGACGGCUCGUUCAGCCCGAUAAGUGCUAUGAUUAGUCUGCUUGCAUAUGGCAAGCAUGCGGCACUCAAUGAAGGUAAUGCUGGCAACGCGCACUGGUCGAAUGACAAGAAGAUCUUUUAUCUCAGCGGCCGGCCGAUUGUCAUUGAGCGUUUCCGCAAAAUGGCUUAG